ACCCGGUGCGGCGCUUCCGGCGGAGCAGCCGCCGCGGGGAAGGUGGCCGUGAUGGGGCCGCUCAGAGCGGCUGCGCUGGUGACACUGGUGAGGGGCGGGGGGCGGCUCCGGUACCGGGACCCCCGGGGGGUUUUGCACACCCCGGUGCGCCCCUGCUCGGCCCCCCCCGCGCCGGUGAUCGCCGCCAAGGAGCCGUUCGCGGUGGAGCUGAAGGCGGGACAGAAGUACGGGUGGUGCGCCUGCGGGCACAGCCGGCGGCAGCCCUUCUGCGAUGGCACCCACAAGAAAGCAGCUCCGGGGAUCUCCCCCCUGCGCUUCGUGGCCGAGGAGGACAAGACGGUCUGGCUGUGUGGGUGCAAACAGACCCGCACCCCCCCGUACUGUGAUGGCACCCACAAAACUGAGGCUGUGCAGAGUGCCCGGCUACCCCCAAACCCCUGACAGAGCCCAUGGGAGCUCAGCAUCUUGGGGGUGUUCACCCCUCUUCGUACGGGAGGGAAGAUGCUGAGCUCCCACCCCAAUUAGCAUUAAUUACUGAGCUCUGAGCUGCCACCGGCCGCAGAAAAUCAGCCUCGUCCCCACCACGGGGGCAGCAGUUUUGCCUCCUGCCCCGCUGCAAGGGAUAACGAAGCGGGGAACAAUAAAUCCACUGGAUAACGGGCUCUGGGGAGAGGAUUUGCGUUGCCAGAGCUGCGGGUGCCCAUUGGGAUGCAGGUGGAUCCAUCCGGACCGAUGAAGGGAAUUGCCAGUCUGCAGCAUUUAUUACAUUUACAAAGCUGUAUAGUUGUACAAAUGUUUAACCGAUAACGAUAUAUGAAUAUCAGAAUAUAUUACAAGACAUUAAAACGUCGUACAGGAUGCAAACAUA